AUGGCGCGGCUAUGGCCAGCGCUGGUUCUGGCAUUGCUGGUGCUAAGAGGCGUCCCGUGCAGCUUCACGUCCGCAAAGCCGCGGACGCAGACGCGGCCGCGGCGGCAUCCGCGCGCUCGUCCUCGGGGGGCGAGUUUGGAAGCGGGAUGGCAAGACUUCCAAGAGAAGUGGGGAAACCCGAAGCUGCGAGGGACGGUCGCCAAAGUUGCGAUCUCACCGAGCUAUUGGUUAGCCACGGCCUCGGUGCUUUUCUCCGGUCUGCUAGGUGGCAAGGUCACCGCCGCCCUUUUGGUGGGGCUUUGUGCCGUCUUGGGUGGUCUCUUUGGUCGCAAGACCCCCUUGGGCCGGGCCAUGACGGGCCCCGUGUGCGCUAUGUCACUGGGCGUCCUGGUCGCCAGCCAAUCUCCGGCACCUGCAGCCGUGCUACGACGACUGCAGUUCUUCUCGGUGACCUUGGCGACUCCUUUGCUGCUCCUCUCCUGCAACUUGAAGGAGCUCUGUGGCCCCGCCACGCGUCGCUUGCUGGGCGCCUUCGCUGUGGGAGCCGUGAGCACGGCGUCCGCCGCGUUGCUGGCUGCCCUGGUGCUACGUCAUCCCUUGAGCGCAGCCCUGGGGGGCUGGGAGACGGCCAGUAAAGCCAUUGCAGCGUUGACCAGCAAGAACAUCGGCAGCGGCAUCAACUUCGUGGCCGUGGCGCAGGCCCUGCAGAUGAAGCCGUUGAUCAUCGCCGCCAGCCUGGCGGUGGACAGCGCCCUGGGGGUGAUCUACUUCCCGGUGGCUGCCAGCUUAACUCCGAAGAACUCUGAGAGCCGCGGACGCGGAGCAACGCUGGAGGAGCAGGGGCGCGGUCCGGAGCACUUCUCGCUCACCGAGAGCCUGACGACCUUCUUGGUGGCAUUGGCGAUCGCUUUCCUGGCUCACCAGUUUUCCCCAGCAGGCUAUGCGUGCAUCACCUCCAGCCUCCUGGCAGUGCUCCUGGGCACCUUCCCCGCCGCCAAACGGUGGCCCGCCGGGGAGGCCUUGGGCUGGCCCUUGCUGUAUUUGUACUUUGCUGCCGCAGGCUUCACGGUGGGAGCCGUGCCUGGCAGCACCUUGCGGCGCUUCUCGCCUCUGAUAGACUUUGGGAUCAUGCUCUAUGCCAUUCACCUGCUCCUGAUCCUCCUCCUCGGCCGCCUCGCCAAGCUCACGCGCGCGGAGCUCCUGGUCGCCAGCAGCGCCAACAUCGGUGGCCCCGCUACGGCGAGCUCAUUGGCCAGUAGCAAGCAGUGGCCGCAGCUCCAGCGGCCGGCGCUCUUGGUGGGGACCUUUGGGAACGCCGUGGCCGGUGGCUUGGGCCUGGCCAUCUUCCAUUUGCUCCGCCGGCUGCCACACUGA